AUGCCGACGCUCGGGAAGGCCGCGCUACAUAUCAAGAUUACAGCGCGAGCAGAUUACCUGCGUCCAAUCCAGAAGCCGGAGUCCCCUGAACACAACAUUCUCUAG